AUGAACCAACCAGUGAUGGCCCAUAUUAAACCAUUGAGUAUUGCAGCUAUUGCAACCAUGAGUUCCGUUGCUGUGAUUUACAUCACCAUCAAAUCUCCUUUGAAAUAUAAAUGGCUCAGUGAAAAUAGAAUAAGUCCAAAAGCUGAUUUAGCUUGGAGAAAUGCUGCUCAAAAAUGGCUUGAUAGUAAAUGAUUUAACCAAUCAUUUAUCUACUUCCCUGCAUUAUAAUCACAUCUCAAUCACAGUACAUUUCAUUUUCAAUUCAGUUCAUUCACAGUACAUUAUCUUUUAUUCCACCUCCCUUUUUAAGUUACUUGCAUAUUCUUGUUGUUAAUAUCGUUUAUAUAUAUAAUUAUGUAUAUUUGUUUUUAUAAAGUUACAUUAAAUAAAUGAAUGAUAUUCAAUUAUAUCAAACU